AAAGGUUCCGUUCUAUCAUGAAGUCGGGGGUAUUUUGUUGAAGGAUCGUUAGAAAUCCAAACGUGCCUUUACGCAGUUUCUUGCUGCUUUUUUCUUUUUCCUGAAAAAGAAAGACGCUGUUUGAUAUGGCAGCACGGAGUUAUUGGGCUUGUGUCCUGUGUCAGAGGGCGGUUGUUGCGAGGAUGAUGUGCAGGGUGAGUGCAGUUAAUAUAGGUGUCAUUGAACGCAGGUUCUUUAGUAUGGAGGUCAGACAUAAACUGUCAAAUUCAGACCAAACAGGAGUAAUAAUCCAACAGGUUUUGUAUAUCAUCAUUUGCUGGUUCUGUAUUAAAUGUAGCACUUCUCUCAAACAAAUAAGCUUCUAAAACUAUGUAAUUUGUUUUAAUUUAACAGUUUUUGUGAAUUGAUUCGGACAAUAUUAUCUAAAAGAGUCUAAAAACAUCUUAAAGGGAUAUUCCGGUGUAAAAUUAAGUUAGGGUCAAACACACCGUAUCACCGAGUUAGACACCCUCGUCGAGAGAUGAAUGUUGCCGACAACUUGCUUCUCUAGUUAUACCAACUUAAGUAACGACCACAUGAUUGGAAUAUACAGCGGUCUGAGGAGCCAUAAACAAACCUCAACCAAAACAUCACUCUAUAGCCACAAAUAAUGCUCAGAACAGCACCUAACUUCAUCAACAGGACAUAUAGGGUCCAAGCCAUAGCACUAGCCAUCAAACAUCUUUUUAACUUUGACUAAUUACUUGGUAAAGAGACUAAACACAACUCACCUACUCUCUUCUAGCAGCCGCUUGUUUGUACAGAGACCUCUAGGCGAGUCCAUUAUGGACUACAGCGGGGUGACGCAGCUCAAGGGGGAACAUUUAUGAUCAUUUCUUCAUGGAUAUGCAAUCGGACCGAGAUGCUAAGACAGAAGAACUACUGCGUCUACAGUGCAAAAUGAUUAAUAUGGAGAUUAUUACUUCAAGGAAAUGAUUUAGAAGGUUUUUUUUUAGUCUGGACCACAUUGGACCAGGACCUGACUUAAACUUUUCAGAUCUGGUUUAAAUAAUUUUAAAUAUAUUACAGCAUCUCUAAAACUUAGUUUAACAUUCUGUUCAUUGUUUUUGAGUUUGUGAAAGACCAGAGAGAGUUUGGUAACUCUCAGUUUCCGUUUUAAGUUUGGCUCUAUUAUAUAAACUCACUGGAGUUUAAGGAAUCUGUGAGAAACUUUUACCUUCUUUGUUCCACUUUCAGAGCAUGAGUGCAGCCACACACCCGCAGCCCCAGGUAGAUUUUCUGAAGGGAGAACUUCACCGGAAGCACCAAGGUGUCACCAACCUGAAAACUCUGCACCUACCUGGGGAGCUCUACACAGCUGCACAGUCCAUUAUUUACAGUAGGUUAAAUUUUAAAUGUGACUAUCACCUGGUUGCUUUCCUGGAGUUUAAAUGAGUCAAAAAGCCAACACUGUAACGUGUCCACCUGCAGGAGCGCAGAUCACUCGGCUAACUGACCGUGCUCAAAGCCUCACUAACUUUCUGUGGAGCAGAAAACGGUCAAUCGAGGAUUCAACUCUGAGAAAAAAGGCCGUGAGCCUGGAGAAAGAACUAUGGGAGGAAGCCAUGCAGAAGGCCGGAGGUGAGUGACGCAGAGUAAAGACGAGCCAAUUAUUAAAUAAUGACUGCAAAAACAUGCUGUGGUGCUGCAGUUACAGGAAAGUAAGCAUGCUUUACAUUGCAGAUGUAGAUGAACAAGCUCUUGAGGACCGCAUCAGGAAGAAGGUGUUUUCAGAGCUCAAACGAACCACAUAUCGCUGGACUCCCAUGAAGUAACAUUUGCUUUUUUUAUUCAUCUUCUUUUAUAUGACGAGAAUGUUUAUGAAAUCCUGUGAUAUUUUCUUUAAUAAUCCAUCUGGUCAGAAAAAACCUGCACAGAAUCCAAUCAUCGACAACUUUUGGGCAGUUUGUAUCUAACUCUAUAAACUGCUCUUCUCUGUGUGUCAGGUAUGAUGAAGAGUUGGGUGUGGUGUACAUGGCGGCUCGGCUGGCUGGAGGCUAUGCAGCAGUGAAAAGAGCUUUACAUGAGGUGAUGAGAUCAUCGGAUAGUGAUUUUUUGUUUAUUUUCUAAUGCAUGGAAAAAUAAAAUCAAAUGUGAUGUUUCUGUUUUUUCUGUAUUGAUUCAGAUAAAGAAGAGGGAUCCCUCUUUUGCACCGCAGACGCUCCUGGACUUCGGUUCUGGGCUUGGAACAGUUGCCUGGUUAGUGUAAAUCACUUGUGCAACAAAGACAGGACUUUCAUACACGCAACAAGACCCUGAAAUGAGCGUCUCAUUCUCUCUCUCUCUCUCUCUUGCAGGGCAUCACACUCAUGGUGGGGCGACACAUUGAAGGAGAUGGUGUGUGUUGACAGCUCUGCUCCCAUGAAUAUCCUUGCAGAGCGGCUUCUCAAAGGUACACACACUCCUUUCAUUUAGGAUCAGUAAAAUCAUAUUUUCUGAAAUCUCUUUUUUCCAAUACACAACCAGGAAAUCUAAGCCUUUUUAAGUUUAUCAUUGUUUUUUUUUUUAUUCAAUUGUGUUUUGACCAGGUGACGAUGAAAGAGCCGAACCUCACAUUAAACACGUCUAUUUCCGACAGUUUCUCCCCGUUUCUCCGAAGGUAAAACCACUCAAUUUUUAGCUCAGCAACUCAAAAAAAUACAUAGUUAUGAUAGUUAUUUGCUCAAGUAUAGUCUUCUGGAAAAUCUAAGCCUUUAAUCUACCUUGAAAUUAAACUCAUUACAUUCUAAUUUGAUAUCUUUAUUGUUCAAAGUGUGUAAAAGCAAAUGAAUGUGCACUGCUGUGAUCGUUCCAGUAUUCGCCAAAACCAAAUUUUUGAGCAGGAUUUUUAAAACCAACAAUUCAAACUAUUAUUUCUGCUGCAGGUUAAUUUUAGUCUGAGUGUUUAUAGCUACAGUCAGAAGUAAACAGUGAUAUCUGUUUUGUGUGUGUUUUUGUUUGUGGCAGUAACAAACACAAACAUUACAGAAAAAAGUAUUUUUACUUCUAUUUACAACAAACUGAGGAGCAGUGAGUCUGAGUCUGGGACCUUAAGGCUACAUUAGGAGAGUUAAGAGAAAAAUAAACGUAAUCUGGAGAAAAAGCUUCAGUAUUGUUGAGAUGUCCUCUUUUUAAUAACCCGUCAGCAUUUAUUAUGUGUUUCUAAAGAAAAGCUUUAGGAUAAGGGAUCUUGACUGGGCUCUGUUCCUCCCCUCCAGGUCCAGUUUGAUUUGGUGACUGCAGCUUUCACUCUGUCAGAGCUCCAGAAUUCAAAAGAUCGAGAGGAGACAGUGAUGACCCUGUGGAGAAAGACGAGCUCCUACCUGGUCAGCUGACAGAUUAUAUCUACUGUUUCUUCAAGUUGUGCCGUGUCUAAACUUUAACAGUUUGCUGCCUUACUCUUUGUGUUGUAUUUACUGGGUUUUCCUGUGUUUUGGUGUAGGUGCUGGUGGAAAAUGGGACUAAAGAGGGUCACCAGAUGCUUAUGGAAGCCAGAGACGCUUUAUUACAUGUAUUCCGAUUCAGAGAAAAGAUAUUUUUAAAGUUAUUUUCUGUUAUGAAAGUUUUUGUAAUUUACUCUUGAAGAAACAGAUGAAUAACCUCCAGUUCUGUGUCUCUAGAAAAAAGAUAAGAUCGUUUUUGACCACAGACCAGCUUCAGUGUUUGCUCCAGUGAGUUUGAUCCCCAUCAAAUCCCUUCUUAACCUUCAACCGGUGGUGUCUUUAGCGUCUCUCUAUUGUUUCAUUUCCAGUGCCCACAUGAGCUGAUGUGUCCUAAACUGGCCCGGGAGCCACUCAAACCAUGCAAUUUCCAGCAGGCGUACCAACCUCUGCCUCUGCCCGGGGUGAGAUUACACUCUGGAUUAUGUUUCCCAAGUUUACUGAUCAUGCAGUACAACAACAAAAACACGUCAUAAAUCUAUAUUUGAGCAUGCUACAGAACUUUCUACUCUGAUGUGCUUUAUAAAUCUACAGAUGAGGCUGUAAUUUGGUGAGUUUUUGGGGUGUAUCAGUUAGUUUGAUGGCUCGUUAACCUUGAACAGGAUUGGAACAAGAACUUAUUUGUUUUUUGCACAUUUUAAAAAGUGUCCGAUAUUCAAAAAGUGAGGAUUGUAAAGAAGAGGUUUGUCAAACUUUAACAAAUUUUGUCCAGGUGUCACUUUUUAAAUUACAUCAUUCAGUGACUCAGAGCUUAAAAAAAUCGAAUCAGAUUUUCUUAUGAGGUGUAAAUAUCUCCUUCAUACUUGAGGGCAUGUUUGAAUUAAACUUUGUAUUUGACUUUAUUUUCAGCACUUUCACCAGCAGAGGGAGAAGUUCAGCUACCUGAUUAUGUCUCGAACUCCACCGGCGGGGACAGACACUGAAGGCGUGGACUGGGCCAGGCUCAUCGCACCGGUUCAGCCCAGGACGAGACAUGUCCACUGCCGCGUGUGCUGCCCUGAUGGAAAACUACAACACUUGGUGGUGACGGCACGGAAACACAGCAGGUGAAGUACAGCAAGGACAAGAACCAAGAUAAACCAGGAGGAGAAAAACGUUCAUGUAGAUCAUUCCCCUAGAGGCCCGACUGUCAUUCUAAUAUGGAGUUCAGCGCAUUUUUUACUGAUGCAGUUCAUGUAACAGAGAGAUUUAAAGACACCUUCUAGUACAGGGAAGGUACUGAAAUUUCAGAAUUUGAGAUUAGAUCAUGUCACUAUUUCAGAACACAUUUUAAACAACUCACAGCAUAUGUUUACGCUCAGUGAUAAAAAGGUGGUGAGAUGACGUGAGUGAAACCAGUAAGACAGAGUAGAGCUCUCCUUCCUCACUUUCCAGCUCCGAAUGUUUAAACACGAGCAGCUGCAGGAGAAAAUGGGCAAAAUUCUGAUUUUCUUCCUGAUCAAAGACGAAGUUAACAAAGUUACAAAUCAAGCAGAAACUCAACACCAGCUCUCAGUAUUUGGCAGCUCUUUUGUUUUUAUGCUGGCGUUGAAAGUAUUGCAAGAUGGCUCUGCUUUUACUGGACGCUGAACGGAGCUCGAUGUUUGUGAUCUGGUCAUAAUUUCCUGUAUCAUUUAAUUAUCAAAACUUGUUCCAUCUCUUUCAUCAGAGAUGUGUACCGCUGUGCCCGGAGUAGCGACUGGGGUGAUCAAGUUCCGAUCAUUCAGAGCUCCGAUGAAGACAUCCAGACUGAUUCAGAGUGAUGAUUCAACACGCAAGAGGAAGCAGGCACAUUCUUCAGACUUUAUGGACUGUCCAAACAUGACGCCAAACUCUGAUAAGAGUGCAUAGGUUUACAUAUUGACUUAUUUAACCACCUGAUUCUCCAAUAAAAGGUCAUAACCAAGUCUGAAUUCACCAUACUUUAUUGAGCACCACCAGCAAGAGAUCAUAGUCCAAGUCUCCUGUCGAGCUUGAUGCAAUAGGAAGACACAAAAUGAAAGAGGUGAGAUUUCCUCCUGUGUGAAUGUAGGCUGUUUUUGAAUACAGUCUAAAUCAGUACAAUCCCUUUUAUUAAAGAAACCCAUUUAUUAUGAAAAACUGAUCUCUGUGGUUAAUUUCUGUCGCUAAGGUGUUUGCAGAUUAAAUACUUUUCCAAGGAAGUUGAUGGAUCAAAUGUGUCGACUUUUGUAAGGAGAAGUGAAAGAAGUUAAUCAACAGAGGGCAGAGAUGUCCUGUUGACCAUGAGAAAAAUGAAAUGCUGUGAUUAGGGUUUAUAAAGUCAGAUUUUUUCUUUCACAGUUGAUAUGAGCAGUAAUAAAUUUAUUUUCUUGUGAUACAGUAAUAAUGAAGGCAAAAUUUCCCCAAACACCUCAGUCUGCACCUUUUCCCGUCAUGAUCAGUUAACUCCCAAUAAUCUCUUUCAGUGCUGAGGUCAAGUCCGGGUACUUGUACUGAAAGCCGGCCUCCAGAGUCCUCUUUGGUAUGACUUUCUGGCCCUGCGUGAGGACCACCGCCCGCUCUGAACCUAACAUGGCGUUCAUGGCGAAGCCAGGCACGGGAAAAAUGGUGGGCCUCCUCAUGACCCGACCCAGUUCUUUUGUGAACUCGUAAUUGGUGUUCAGUGCAGGUGCCACUCCGUUAAACACUUGUUGUGAAGGGGGCGGGGUUUCAGCAGAGGGCUCCAGGGAAUGGGCGAUGAUUCCUGCCAGGUCAGAGACGUGGAUCCAUGGAAACGGCUGUCGUCCUGACCCCAGAGUCCCCCCAAGGCCAAGCC